UCCCGCUCGCUUACCCAUCCAUCCUCCCUUGCUCGUCUGACCUUUUUAUCUCCUCUUUUUCUUUUUCCCUUCCUUCUUCUUCUCCAUCCUCUGUCGGGUCUACGACUAUUUUAACUAUUUAAAACCGCUUACUAUUGUACUGUUGUUUCGCCUUAUUUUUCUGCUCCCCUCCCUCUCUCUCGCACACACCUGCUCCCUCUCCCUUCUAAUCCUUCUAAUCAGCAAAUACGCUCUCCUUGCCGCUUUUCCACACAAUGCAGGUGGAACAACCCCGCAGGCUCGAGAGGAUCGCCUCAGCGUAUCCCAAACCAAGCCCCCGUCGCCCUCAAGACAGCCAGCAGCAACACAAGAGAAACAAAAAGAAGACUCCUGCCCAAACAGGACCCCUCCUCCACACCGACAGCCACUCCAGCGACGACAACGAUUGCCGCUCCGACACCAGCUGCACCAGACACUCGAACCCCACCUCCCCCAUAAGCCCCGUCUGCAACACGUCCACUCGGCUUCACAAGGGCCCCACCACAGGGCGGAAACCGCAGUCUGCAAAGCUCUCUCGACACAGAGAUCACCUGCAUCGAUCUGUGCUGCACGAAAACGCGUCCAUGUCUCAAACUCAGACGCAGACGCAGACGCAGACCCAGGCUCAGUCAGUCCAGGCCCAGGCACCACGAUCUUCUCAAGAAUGUCAACGGGCUCCCUCCCUAUCCCCUGGAGCAAAGCGCGCACUGGGGCGUCCUCGUCAGAAUGAGCACUCGCACUCGCACCAUCAGCGCCAUAGUCAUUCCCAGGCCGACCCAUCUGAAACCUUGCGAGCAACCCUUUCUCCUCGUGUCACCACAACCGUAACAAUGACAACAGCAGCCUCAACAAGGACAACCGCAGGUGCCGUAUCCAACAGAGCAGGCUCGGCAAGUGAGCCGGACGAUGUCGGCCUGUGCAAAUCGCCAAGCUCAGACUCGAAACGCGCAAGGGUUCAGAAUGGAUCCGGAAAGCGAUCUACAGCAGCAUCGGACACUAACAGAGGCAGCGCCUCGACGAUGCAACAACAGUCUCAGCAGGAGGUCGUUGACAUUUCGAGCGAUGAGAGCGACCAUGGCGCGUCGAACGAGGGACAGGAUCUCGACAAUGAACGUGACCUUCAGAAGAUGCUGGCUGAUAUGCAGGGAGCAUCCAGUCACGACCAGGACAACGGUCACUCCUCAGUCACAGGUCCCAGCGCGUCCGGCGCCGGUAGUCGGCGCGGCUCGCAGACGCUCUAUCAUUAUCACCAUCAGUGCCAGCACCACCAGCACCGUCAACAGGAACUGUCGAACGGAAAUGGAUACAGAACCCCGACAGCAUCCAAUGGAUCCAAUCCUCGCAGCAGCCAUCAAACUCAUACGCGGAAUUUCUCUUCGCCCUCGCUCUUGGACUCGUUCACGUCGCCAGAACCGAUGCUCUCGCCCAUACAGUCGUAUUUCGGAUCAGACCCCAACUCACCCGCCUCGACCUUUUCCUUGCCGAGUCAUGAUCAAUACCCACGGCUUACAAUCGAUCCGUCCGCCACCAUGGAUGGAUACCACGGCUUUGCAACACACCCAUGGAGCGAACAAAGUACUACCCCAUCGCGCGCUCUCUCUCACCGCUGGACUCGUCGACUGAGCCAAUCGGAUGCAUACCCAAAUGUUGCAAACAGCGCCAACAGCCACAGUAGUACAACCCGACCACGACCCGCCAGCAGCGUGUAUGCAUCUUCCACCACUGAUCGACCAUGGCAAGUAACCUCGGACAUAGAUUCAGCCCAAGCACUUGAUGUGGACGAUUCGGUGCAGGGUGCUCUGGAUGAUGAGACCAUGGACAACACCUAUAGCGAUCACGAGUCCACAUACAAUCAUCCUCUCGACCACAAUCGCAAUUUGCGCACUUCAGACUACGGCGACGAUAUGGACCAUAGUCCAAGCCUUCGGUACAGCCAUCGAGCAUCAACGGUUGAUGCCGAAGAUGAUGAAGAGGAUAACGACAGUCAUAUGAUCGGCUCAGAUUACGAGGUCGAGGACGAUGAGGACAAUGACGAUGGUGAUGACGGUGACGAUGACGAUGACGGUAUGGGCGAGGGGUACGACGUAGAAGGGGUCUUGAGCACGAAUUAUCUGCAGGAGCAGCUAUUGUUCUCAUCCGCAUCAAGUCGAACGAACCAUACAUCGGGUUCACAGAGCGCACAGACGAUUGAGUCUGAUGCUGCACUGGCACGGAGACUUCAAGACGAAGAAUACUCGGACCUGCUGCGAGAAAGAGUAGGUCUUGUCUGCCCGCAGCCCUCAUAGAUUAGCAACGGCAACAGUUAGAUUUUAAAAAAUACAUACUAAUACAGCUUUUUUUUUUUUUCCUUUU